GUUAUUGUCACGAUCCUGUUUAUAAUACACAACAAUAAUCCCAUUGCUUAUGUAUAAGACGAGCGUAUAUUUAUGCAAAAAGUCAGUUCUAGUCACAUAGACGAGUUCUCAUAUAUUUGGAGGAAAUGAAUUGUAAUUUUUCUGAUAAUUUUUUAUAUCUCUGACUAUGAUCAUUUUUGGCUACUAGAUACAGUUCCAGUUCCUAUAAUGUUGUUUGGAGUGACAACGUGACAUUAGGAGAGAUUUGGCAAACGCAAGACAAUUAAUUAAAGUUUAGCCUAAAAUCUUGGAUCCAAGACAAAACCCACAAUCAUGGGAUCAUCAGACGCUAAUAGUAAGCCACGAGCAACAGUUGUUGCUGGGAAGAAAAUCUCGGGUUCUUCGAAAGCCGAAAGUGCUGAACUGGGUUAUCAACAUACUUUGAUGUAUGGUCGCUACACUAGCGAAAAUUUGGGUCAAUUUGCCAAAGAUGAAGCUCGGCGUAUUAAAUUACUGGAGAAAAAGCGGAGGAGAGAGGACAAAAUGCGGAAGCAGGAACUUCGGGAAAGAUCCAGUAACCGGUACCUUAAGGGCAUCAAGAAAGGCUUUUCCUUCGUCUGGCAGAAUACAUUUGCCAGACUGGGAGAGGACUGGGUGUUUCUUGCCAUUUUAGGAAUUCUAAUGGCUAUCAUCAGUUUCAUGGUGGAUUGGGGAAUUAGUAUUUGCAAUAAAGCUAGAAUUUGGCUCUAUUUGGAUUUAAACUAUCAUGUAUCCGUCCAGUAUUUGGCAUGGAUUACUCUUCCGGUGUGCUUAAUUUUAUUCUCUGCAGGCUUGGUCCAUAUAAUAGCACCCCAAGCUAUCGGGAGUGGAAUUCCCGAAAUGAAGACUAUUUUACGCGGAGUUACAUUAAAAGAGUAUUUAACGUUUCGGACUUUAUUUGCAAAAGUUGUGGGAUUAACUGCAUCGUUAGGGAGUGGGAUGCCCCUAGGAAAAGAGGGACCAUUUGUUCAUAUCGGCUCUAUGGUGGCGACCCUUCUCAGUAAACUUCAGUCCUUCCAAGGGAUCUAUGAAAACGAGUCUCGAAGUAACGAAAUGUUGGCAGCUGCGUGUGCCGUCGGAGUUGCCUGUUGUUUCGCUGCCCCCGUGGGUGGAGUUCUAUUUAGCAUCGAGGUCACAGCAGUCUACUUUGCUGUCCGAAAUUACUGGAGAGGGUUCUUUGCCGCGGGGGUCGGAGCAACAUUUUUUCGACUCUUGGCCGUUUGGUUUCAAGGACACGAAACUCUCAAACCUGUGUUCAAAACAAACUUUGGUGGAGAAUUCCCUUAUGAUCCACUAGAACUUAUUGUAUAUGCAAUCAUUGGAGUUGUGUCCGGUCUUUUAGGUGCAUUGUUUGUAUGGAUGCAUAGAAAGUAUGUCUUAUUUAUGAGAGGAAAUAAGAAGUUAAACGCCUUUCUACAACAAAAUCGUUUCAUAUAUCCGGCAUUGAUCUCGUGGUUCAUUGCUUCAGUACACUUUCCUCUGGGAUUUGGACAGUUUGUUGCCGGUGAACUAACUACGCAUGACCAGGUAGUUACUUUGUUCUCAAACUUUUCAUGGUCAAAAGAAAACUUUACUGUGGAGGAAGUUACCAUUAUGAAGCACUGGAUCAAUCCUUACACAGGAAUCUUUGUUAAUUGCACGUUAUUUCUCAUUGUUACGUUUUUGCUUUCCAUUGUGGCAUCGACUCUGCCGGUCCCGUCUGGCAACUUUGUACCCGUGUUCAAAAUGGGCGCAGCUCUAGGUCGAGUUUUUGGUGAAGCUAUGUUUGUAAUGUUCCCAAAUGGUAUCCGAUUUUCAGGAGAACAAUGGCCAAUUGUGCCAGGGGGUUAUGCUGUUGUGGGAGCAGCCGCGUUGUCUGGAGCUGUUACAAGAACAAUUUCUAUAGCUGUUAUUGUGUCGGAAAUGACAGGUCAGAUAACGCAUAUUAUUCCGGUGAUGAUUAGCGUACUUAUUGCAAACGCGGUGGCUGGUGUUCUUCAGCCUUCAUUGUUUGACUCUAUUUCAAUGAUUAAAAAAUUGCCCUACUUACCCGAUUUUAUCCCAUCUAGUUCAGCUGGAGCGUACAACAUUACCGUAAAAGACUUUAUGAUACGAAACGUAAAAUUUAUUUGGUACGGGAUGAGCUACACAGAGAUGAAGACUAUUCUCAAAGAUAAUCGGACACUCAGCUCCUUUCCUCUAGUGGAAAAUCCGAGUUCGAUGAUCUUGCUGGGUUCAAUUCAUAGACAGCAUUUGAUUAAAGGGCUGGAAAAGCAUAUCGGUCGUGAGCGCCGAAUACAGGCCGCUGCUGUAUGGCACCGAGAAGCCGCGGCGAGGGCGCAGGAAGAAAUGGAACGCCAACAGUUGAUUGAAAUGAGAGCCCGUCGGCCAUCAAGGUUCGAAGUGGUCCCCGUACCGUCCAUUAUCACCUCCAAGGCCGACUCGAACGACAGUGUUCGUUCCUCUGACCAAAUGCAAUUCCGAGAUCCCGCGCUGAUGACACAGGGCGGAUCUGGAUCUCUGCUGAGCCCUACCUGCGACGGAAGACCGAUGAAGUCCAUCUUAAAGAAAACCAAUUCCUUCUCCUUGCACAAUUUUGGGCAAUCCCCGAGUCGAUUUUCUCCAUAUAUGACGGUAACUGGGGCGGAGAGCAGAGUAAGGAACGCUUUUCAUGCCAUAUUUCAAAAGUCUGCUACACUACAAGACGCGCAACCUGGGGAUUCUGUAGGGGGCGAACUUAACGUUUCGGAAGCAGUACUUUCACCACCACAAAUCUCGGUACCAAAAAAGACUGUGCAGCUGCCUCGAGAACGAGUGAUUGACAUGUCAGUAGAUGAUCAGAAAGUUUGGGAGGAGGAAGAAAUGGAGAAAGCUGUAGAUUUUACAAAAUGCCCCAUCGACGCUGCCCCCUUUCAACUCGUGGCUACUACGACACUCCUAAAAGUCCAUUCCAUUUUCUCUCUGCUUGGCAUCACACAUGCAUAUGUGACAGCGACGGGGAAGCUCAUAGGCGUGGUGGCAAUGAAUGAGCUUCGACAAGCAAUCGAGCAGUGCAAUGCGGGGACGUUUCGAAGACCAUCCAAGGCAGUUAACCUUUCUCCUGACUUGGAGAGCCCAACAUCGGACGACGCGGACGGAGGGCGAGGGGAUGAAAGUUCUGGGAGUCGAGACGAGCUAAAUUCCCUGGAAGACUCAGCCGUGGACACCGAAGCUGACGAAACGACGGACGAUGAAAAUCAGCGACUAAACUGAAAUUCGGUCACCGGUGGAUUUUAUACAAAGAUUUAUUUAGCAACGUUAAUUUGACUAAUAAAAGAUUUUUAGUUUUUUUA